UUUAUCCUCCCACGGCUCCCAGCAUAACCAAAAUUGAACUUUAGUAAUAUAUAUUCAGAUUGGUGAUAGAAUACUGAAUACAGAAUACUGAAUAGUGAGCAUCAUCAUUUAUAAUUAUCAGGCAUGGCAGCUCGCAGGGUUUCCUCUUUACUUUCACGUACUUUGUCUUCUUCUCUUCCUCUUUCUCUUCGCAAAGGUUCAAGCUGUGGAAGAGGCUUAAGCCGAUUUAGCAGUACCGCUUCUGCAAUUGAAGAUCCUAUAAUUCCGAAUGUGGAUAUUAAGCACACCAAACUUCUCAUCAAUGGACAGUUUGUUGAUGCUGCAUCUGGGAAGACAUUUCCUACAUAUGAUCCUCGCACUGGGAAUGUGAUAACACACGUUGCUGAAGGUGAUGCAGAGGAUAUCAAUCGUGCAGUUGCUGCUGCUCGUAAAGCCUUUGAUGAAGGUCCAUGGCCUAAAAUGACAGCUUAUGAGAGAGCACGAAUCAUUUUGAGAUUUGCUGAUUUGGUUGAGCAACAUAGUGAGGAGCUUGCUGCUUUAGAGACUUGGGAUAAUGGAAAGCCUUUUCAACAGGCUUCCAAAUCCGAGUUGCCACUGUUUGUCCGCUUAUUUCAUUACUAUGCAGGCUGGGCAGAUAAAAUCCAUGGUCUAACUGUUCCUGCUGAUGGUCCAUACCACGUGCAAACGUUACAUGAACCAAUUGGUGUAGCCGGGCAAAUUAUUCCAUGGAACUUUCCCCUCAUUAUGUUUGCCUGGAAAGUCGGGCCUGCCUUGGCAUGUGGCAACACGAUUGUCUUGAAGACUGCUGAGCAAACUCCAUUAACUGCUCUCUAUGUCGGGAAACUCUUCCAUGAGGCUGGUCUUCCUCCUGGUGUGUUGAAUAUAGUUUCUGGCUUUGGUCCUACAGCAGGGGCAGCUCUUGCAGGUCAUAUGGAUGUCGACAAGAUUGCUUUCACGGGAUCUACUGAAACUGGGAAGGCUAUACUUGAACUAGCAGCAAAGAGCAAUCUUAAGCCAGCGACUUUAGAGCUUGGAGGUAAAUCACCUUUCAUUGUAUGUGACGAUGCUGAUGUCGAUAAAGCAGUUGAACUCGCACAUUUUGCUCUCUUCUUUAACCAGGGCCAAUGUUGCUGUGCUGGCUCCCGUACCUAUGUGCAUGAGCGUGUGUACGAUGAAUUUGUGGAAAAAGCAACUCAACGUGCCAAGAGACGUACUGUUGGAGAUCCCUUUAAGAGUGGCAUUGAGCAAGGUCCUCAGAUAGACACAGAGCAAUUUGAGAAAGUUUUGAGGUAUAUAAAGUCUGGUUCAGAAAGCACUGCAAAGCUCGAGUGUGGAGGUCAGAGAUUUGGAUCUAGAGGUCUCUUCAUCCAGCCCACUGUCUUCUCAAAUGUUCAGGAUGACAUGCUAAUCGCGCAGGAUGAAAUAUUUGGCCCAGUACAGUCUAUUUUGAAAUUCAAGGAGCUUGAUGAUGUUGUUCGUAGAGCGAACACCACUCAAUAUGGGCUAGCAGCCGGAGUAUUCACUAACAACCUCAACACCGCCAACACAUUGUCACGGGCACUGAGAGCUGGGACUGUGUGGGUGAACUGCUUUGAUGUAUUUGAUGCUGCAAUUCCUUUUGGCGGGUACAAGAUGAGCGGUAUAGGAAGGGAGAAGGGUGUUUACAGUCUGAGCAACUAUCUGCAGGUGAAAGCUGUGGUUACUCCUUUGAAAAACCCAGCUUGGUUGUAACUUGUAACUAACUUGUAAGGACAUUUAUGCAGUCCUUGAUUUUCCGUCUUCUUUCAUUUUGUGAAGAAUAAGGAAAGAAAAUAGUCUCUUGUAACUUGUAAGAAUGCUUAUUCCCGUUUUCCUAAAACAAAAUUAUAGUUUUUCUCAAAGAUAAAGUUCAUUAAUGGUUUGAUGUUCAUAUA